UCUAAACAAAAGUAAAAUAAAUUUACAAAAUCUCUGCAAAAUAGAAAAAAUGAAUGAUGAUGUAUUGGAAAUGGAUGGUGAAUGUGACGCGAUAGUUAAGAAAGAGGAAGAAAAGGUUUUUCACGUAGAAACUGAGGGUUUCAAAAAUUAUAAUUCAAUACCAACAUCAUCUGAAAAAGAUGGGGAAAAUAAGAGUGAAGAAUAUGAGAAUUUAGGCAAGCAAUCCAAUGAUAUAGUUGAAAACAAAGUAGAUAACGAGGGCACGGAGGACCAAAAUCAGGAACCAAUCGGUGGUGGAAAUACUAACGAUUUGAUAAUUAUUUCAGAAUGGGGAGAAGGUGAUAGCCAGGAUGCAAAUGAAGUUGUGGAAGACUUGGGCUUUACUUUUGAUACAACUCCUACAGAAGAAAAGGGUUCGGAGCCUGUUCCGCUUUUUAAAAGAUUCAGAAAGGGUGUUCUUAAAGAACAAGAAGAAGUUAAGCCUGAAAACGAUUUCCUAAAUUCAAAUAAAAUAAAAAAUGUAUGCUUUAAUUGUGAUGGUGACCAUGCUUUGAAGGAUUGCGAAUUGCCAAGAAACAUGAAAAAGAUAAACAAAGCUAGAAAACUUAAAAAUAUGAAGGUUGAGAGAUAUCAUAUUGAUGUUGAGCAGCGAUUUGCUCAUAUUAAACCUGGAAAAGUUAGUCAAAAAUUACGGACCGCUAUGGGUUUGAAUAUAAGCGAAAUCCCGCCAAUGUUUUAUAGAAUGAGAGUUCUUAAAUAUCCACCUGCCUGGCUUGAGGAAGCGAAAGUUGCACAUUCAGGCAUAAAUCUGUUUGGUUCAAAAGGUUGCACAAUACUUGGAAGCGAUGACGAUGAAGGUGAACUUGAUGAAUCAAAGCUAAAAUAUGAUUUGUCAAAAAUAAUUGAUUUUCCUGGAUUCAAUGUUCAUCCUGGAGUUGAAUACUUUGACGACUAUAGUUAUCAAGGUGUACCACCCUUCUCUUUUGAAGACAGUAAAGAAAAUUUUAUAAAAUCAUUUGCCCUUAACGCAGCCAAACAGGGUUACAAAAGAAAAAAGUUAAAAAUUGAUGUAGAACAAACUGAAAAUAUUGUGGAUGAAGUGACAAAUGUUGCUGAUAUGGAAGUAGAUGAAAAAGAAUUUGAAGAAAUAAGUCAAAAUUUGCCAUACUUUUUAAAGAAUCAACCACCACCUCCAGCCGAAGAACCGCCCCAGACUCCUCCUCCUCCGGAAGAUGAAGGAGAAAUAAGAGAAACCGAAUUAUCAAGUUGUGGUUCAAAUGCAUGUGUGGACACUAAUUAUCAAGAUUUAUCACUCAGUGCCCUUGAAGUAAAACAAGCCGAAAUAUUAAAACUAUUAAAUUCAAGUGAUGGAAUGGAAAUCGAAGAAAAAAAGUCAAAAAUAGAAAAUCCUAUUAAAACAAUUUUAGCAAGUAAAGACGAAGAAAUUUGCCAGACAAAUAAAACCGAUGAAAAUGAUCAAUUGGUUUGUGAAAAUUUGAUGGAUGAAAACAGUUUCCAAACAGACGACGAGAGUAAAAUUAAUGAAAAAUCAAGUAGUAAUAUAUUAAAAAGUUCUAUAGUGGGAACACCAAUUUUAAAAUUUUCCCCUUAUGAAAAAUUACCACCAGGGCAUUUGUUUAAAGAAGGUGUUAGUGAUGUUAUCAAUUUUGAGAAUUUACCUGACUCAGUAGGAAAAUAUGACCAAAUGAGAGUAUUACUUUUUGGAGUUAGAAAGAAAAUUGUUGAAAUAAAUCAAAUGCCAGAUGAUUAAUAAUUAAAUUAAAAAUUAAUUAAAUUAAAUUUUUUUUUAUACGUUUGAAUUGUUUUGAAAAAUAAAUUAAAUAUAACGCGUUUUAAAAUUGGACAAAUAAUAAGAUUUAUUUCUGAAAGAAU